AAGUCCCGGGGAUCUGAUUAGCACCAAAGCACAACAACUAGGUGAACUUCCAGCGGUGUCUCCAGUUGUUAACAUUUUUACAUCUAAAGACUGAAUAGUUUCUGAAUAAAAGGCGAAAAUGUCGUCGGAGGAAUUCGAGAAGCUGCAUGAGAUCUACAGAUCUCUGUAUGAUGAGCUGAAGUUGAUGCCGGAGAGAGCUCUGACAUGUCACGGAGAGGAGAGGAAGAGGUUGGUGAGAACCUUCGAUGAGAGGCAGGGGGAGGCUGAGGAAGUGUUACAAGGAAUGGAAGAGGAGCUGCGAGCGGCACCUCCCUCCCACAGAAACGCUAUGAACAUAAAGCUACGCAUGUACCGCAGAGAUCUGGGCAAGCUGCAGAGAGACAUGAAAAUCUCUGCUCCGGGCUCUGGUUCUUCUUCAAUGCCAGUGGGAGGAAGCCAUCAGGGCAUCUAUUCAUCACAAAACCAGCAGAGUACACACCUGCAGUCCCAGAGGGCCUUGCUGCUUCAGGGCACAGAGGCUCUGAACAACGCAAGCCAGAGCAUCGAACGAAGUCAGCGCAUUGCCAAUGAGACGGAGCAGAUCGGCACCGACAUCAUCGAGGAGCUGGGAGAGCAGAGAGAGCAGCUGGACCGAACCAGAAACAGAUUGGUGAACACUGGAGAAAACCUCAGUAAAAGUCGAAAAAUUCUCCGUUCCAUGGCCCGGCGGCUGGUGACAAACAAGCUGCUGUUAGCGGUUAUCAUUUUAAUGGAGUUAGCCAUCCUAGGAGCUGUGGUUUACCUGAAGUUCUUCCGAUGAUGAGCAAACUCUCUACAGACUCUACAUCUGUCUCCUCUGACCAUUUACGAGCAAUAAUGAUGUUCUUCUGUGCAAAUAAUCACAAUGAGACACUCUUCUAUCUUAAGAAGGAUUCUGUCCAUGAUUCAUUCGAUUAAGAGUGACAAAUGUGGAAGCUGUUUACGGACCAAAUCUACAACAUCUCCAUGGAUGGACCGUGAGCUGAGAUUUGCACUGUUUUAUCAAACUUUUAAUACCAAGGAUGCCCUGCAGGAUUGUUCUGGCUGCUACAGAAACCCAGAGAUGAUUCUGCACCAGGAUUUAUGAAAGCCUGAGUACUAAUGCCCAUGUUUUGAGAUCCUGGGGUUGUCCUAAUAUCCCAUAAUCUUCAGUACCUAGUUUAAAAUGGUACUGCUUCAGCUAUUUGAAGGAUCCAUUUUGACAAGUAUAGAUGUUUUUAAGAAACUACUUCUAGUUCAUAAGAGAGGUGGGUAAAGGUCCAUCUAAAAUCCCAAGCAAACUCUUGCACACUGCAUGAAUUGAACAGAUUUGUGCAAUCAGACUUUGUGUUGGAUUUUGGUUGUAUUUUACCCAAUAAUGAGUGCCAAGGACUUUUACUUUGAUAUGAAGAAGGCCUCAGUGAAUCCUAUAACAGUUACUGAUCUGACCUGGAUUUGGUGGUUCUUUAUGGUUAAGGAUACUCUACCAGUACCUCGAAAAACAAUAGUUUUAUGCAUUUACCUUUUCUAUCUGUAACUACAGUAUGUGAUGAGAUGGCACCAGCUGAAUCUUUUCUGCUUUGAUUUCAUGUCAAAUAUCCAAAUGGUUGUAGAGAUUCUGAGAGUAAAGGCAAAAUUCCUCUGAGCUGUGAAUGUGAAACUAGGGGGAGCUCUUAAGUCCAGUUCAUACCAAAGUAUUCAUGAUGCAACAAGACUGUUUUUGCAAGGGACAAAUGCAGCAUGGAUCAGGUUUUGUCUGGUAUUUAGUUUGUCAAGUUGCCAGCCACUCAUUCUAAAAGCCACGGCGUGUCAUGUUUCAACAGCCAAUCAGCACUCUGCAUCAGUGGUUAUUGCUCACUUGUUGCCAAGAAGCACAGCGGGAUCAUGAGCCAUUCCCCAGUGAAAUACAGUCUGGCUUGAGUAGUGUGUCCUCUGCUUUUAAGAGGUGACACAAACUCCUCUAAAACCAAUCUGGGAAUGACUGGGAUAAAUUGUUUGAAGCUCCCUGGGUUUCUGUUAAAGCACCCAAUGGCAGCCUUUUUUAAAUGUUUUUAAUAAACUUUCAGAAGACAAAGAAGAACAUAACAAAUGGCUCACACAUUCAAAUUCAUGAAGGCGAAAGGCUUAGAAUUCAUGUCCCAAACAGAAAUAGGACUGUCAGCAUUAAUCUGUUAAUAAAGGUCCAUAAUUAGAGUAUUAAUAGUUGUUAAUCAUUAAUCACUUUAUUGUCCUUUAUUCAUACAUAGGAAAGGUCCCAUCCAUGGGUGCAUGGAUGGAUAAAUGAAUAAAUAAAUGAAUGGAUGCUUCCUUGGAUGUAUGCAUGGAUGCAUAGAUGAUGGAUGCAUCCAUGAAUGGAUGGAUACAUGGAUUGGUUGAUAGAAGGAUGGAUGCUUCCUUGGAUGGUUGGAUGCAUGGAUAAAUGAUAGAAUGAAUGGAUUGUUGGGUGGAUGGGUGCAUAGAUUGAUUCUUGGAUUGAUGAAUGGAUGGAUAGAUGAAUGAAUGGAUGGCUGCUGAACAAGUGGAUGCAUAGAUUGAUUCUUCAAUGAUGCAUGGAUGGAUGCAUGAAUUGAAUGAUAGAAGGAUGGAUGCUUCCUUGGACGGUUGGAUGCAUUGAUGUCAGCCCAAUAGAAUAGACUUUCAAGCACAGAAAGUUUGUGUUUUGUGAUGUUUCUGCUUUUUAACAAAAGCAGAAUUACAACUGCAGCAAGCAGCACACUAUCACUGUCAUUCAUAUAGCGCACUACAAGCUAUCUGCAGGCUGGAAAACCAGGAGAAAAAACUGAAGCACAGAGCAUGGUCUCCUCUUGUAGCUGUGGUGUGAAUUGACUUCUAAAAUGUUGAAGACUGGCCUGAUACAAGUAGUUGCAAGUUCACACUUGUUGCAGAUCUUUGGUCUGAACUGGGCUUUAUUAAUUGCAAUGUUCUUAACAGUUAUUAAUAUUGUCAAAUCACUGUAUUAUACAGAAUUUCUGUUUGAAGAAGGCUCAAAUAUUCUUUAUUUAACAGUCUACAUUAAAUCUAAUCUUUAACCUCA